AUGUCUUUCAGCAGCGUUUCCUACGGCCAGAGGACCAUGAGUGUCUACGGAGGAGCAGGCGGCCGCGGCACACGCAUCUCCUCGUCCCAGCAGAGCUACGGACUCUCCUCCUCCUCCUCCGGAGGGUUCAACGUGACCGCUGGCAUGGACCUCCACGUCGGGGCCAACGAGAAGGCCACCAUGCAAAACCUGAACGACCGCCUGGCCUCCUACCUGGAGACGGUGCGCACCCUGGAGAAGGAGAACAACCACCUGGAGAUGCAGAUCAGAGAAUGGUACCAGAACCACAAGGUCAUCAGCCCCGACUACAGCAGCUACUUCGCCACCAUCGAAGAUCUGAAGAACAAGAUUGUCAUUGCCUCUAAGUGUAAUGCCAAGACAAUCCUGGACAUGGACAAUGGAAAACUGGCCGCUGAUGACUUCAAAAUGAAGUACGAGAACGAGCAGGCCAUGAGGAUGGCGGUGGAGGCGGACAUCGUCGGGCUGAAGAAGGUGCUGGAUGAGAUGAACUUGAUCAGAAUGGACUUGGAGUGCCGGUAUGAGGACCUGAGGGAGGACAUCGUCACGCUCCAAAGGAACCACGAAGAGGAGCUAACCCAGCUGAGGAGUCACAUGGGCGGACAGGUCAAUGUGGCCGUGGAUGCUUCUCCCUCCCAAGACCUGAACCAGGCCAUGUCUGAGAUCAGAUCGCACUACGAGAGUUUGAUCAGCAAGAAUCGCACUGAACUCGAGGCGUGGUACCAGAACAAGGUGACAUCGGUGGAGCAGGAAGUGAUCACACACACAGAGGUUCUUGUGACGUCCCGCACCGAGUUGAAGGACCUGAAGAGCACCCUGCAGAGGCUUCAGAUUGAUCUGCAGGCCCAUCUGAGCAUGAAAGUGUCUCUGGAGGGCUCCGUGGAAGAGACCCGGGUGCGUUACGUUUCCCAGCUAGCAGCCCUCCAGAACAGGGUCACAGGCCUGGAGGCUCAGCUGUCCCAGCUGCACGCCAACAUCAGCAGCCACAAGCAGGACUACGACCUGCUGCUGGACCUCAAGGCUCGGCUGGAGAUGGAGAUCGCGGAGUACAGGAGGUUGCUGGAUGGGGAGGAUGAAAGUUCAAAGCAAAUUAUCACAAAGACCAUCACCGUGGUGGAAACAGUUGUGGAUGGAAGGGUGGUUGGAACCAGCAAGACUGUUGAUGUGGAUGUUGAUGAGAUUGAGUGAUGAACUGCAUGGA